AUGCGUCCCGUGGUUGUGAUCUUGCAGCAUGAGCCGAAAGACACCGCGGCCUACAUGGAGGCGUAUUUGAUCAAGCGCGGGAUCGACUACGUCACCUACGAGUGCUGGAACGAUGACGUGGCGCGUUGUCUGCCGUCCUCCGUCGCGAGCCACAUUCGCUGCGUUAAGAGGGGCGAUGGGGCCCACCGCUUCAGUCCCCUGCCCAAUAACUCAGAGGAGGGGGAAUGCUGCUGCAUUCGCGGCGUUGUCAGCUUUGGUGGCUCCAUGAGUGCCAACGACGACCUUCCGUACUACGCCCCGGUCCUGGCGCUCAUGCGCUCGUGCAUCGAGACCCGCACCCCCGUCCUCGGCCACUGCCUGGGGGGCCAGCUCCUGGCGAGGUGCCUCGGCGGAAGUGUCAGGGCCUCCGAGCACGUCGAGGUGGGGUGGAUGGACCAGGAGGUCGUCAACGCCGACGCCGGCGGCAUCAAGGACUGGUUUGGCGGGCGACAGGUGAUCAACGUGUUCCAAAUCCACACCGAGAGCUUCACCGUUCCAGCGGGGGCGAGGCUUGUUGUGAAGGGCAAGUACUGCGCCAACCAGGCCUACCAGGUGGGCGACCAGUAUGCCCUGGGGAUGCAGUUUCAUCCGGAGGUGGACGAGGAGAAGGUGCGGGCUUUGACCUCCACGGAGUUCCCGUCGCUGCACACGCGGGCGGAAAUUGGGGCCAUGGGCGACGAGGAGGCCGCGCGGCUGUCGCCCGCCGCGAUGACCCGCGACGAGAUUGAGCGCUGCCUCAGCGAGGGCCGCGUCGAGCGCAACUGGCCCAUCGCGGACAGCAUCUACGACACGUGGUGCUCCGGGUUCCUCAUUUAA